CGUAGAGCCUGCAAACUUCUCUCUUCUCCAGCUGGGGGCCAUCCCAGACGACCCAGGUCCAAGAUCCAUGGGCCGCCGGGAGUACGACCAGCUGAUUGGCAUUUUGGGACGUGUCACUCGCCGGCCUAUUGGCUGCUGCGGUCGGCUAAUUGACCACGGAUUGCGCGGGUACUAUCGAGGGGGGAGUCUAGACUGUCCCGCCAAUGCCCAUAGUUUGUUAUGAGAAGCCUGCUUCAAAUGCCUUGAUUGAAACUCGCCUCGGUCACUUUACCUUGUCCUUACCCGGAACCCGCCCCCAGACCCUCUUAGCCUCUUGCACCAUUGCCACCCUCCACUGACUCCGGUCGAGUCUGGGGCCAACGUCUGAAACUCACUGGCAAACUCCACUGGAACAAGCCUCGUACUUUCUUCUCUUUUCCUGUCAGUCUAGUCAAGUCCUACCGUGGGGAUUCUUCGCGACACACACUGGAUCUGGGGAAUGUAUACACAACUGCGCGCAUUCAAUCUUCGUGCUGCUGCACCCGUCGCCUGCCUUCUGAUUCUAGAGGAGGACGAGCCCAUCCGACCUGUGUGAUACACAAAGGACCCUCAACUAGACACGAGGCACACGAUCUAAAAACCAGAACCUUUCCAUACUCAGCCAUUCCGGCGCCCGUCAGCGCUCUACCGUUCACAGAAUCCACAAAUGGCUGCACUGGUGGAUUCACCGCGGCCCGCUCUGGUUAGCGAUGCCGACCUCCUCCAGGCCCGCGCUGCCUUGCAGCACCAGAAUAGUCCCGACAUCUCCGUUCCGCGUGAAUUUAUCUCACUGAUUGUCGAAGAACUGAUCUAUCGCCGAGAGUCCCACUCCGCAAUCGCAGACGUCGAACAUGAAUGCUCGGCUCUUCGCAAGGAACUCCGCAAACACACUCACAUCAAUGAGGCCUUCCAGAAAGAACUGCGCGAGAUCGGGGAGAUUAUCACGCAAGUCGCCCAUGGCGAUCUAUCUCAGCGGGCGCGGCUUCAUCCGCUGGAGAUGUCGCCUGAUAUUGCGACCUUCAAGCAGACCAUCAACACGAUGAUGGAUCAGUUGCAAAUCUUCAGUCAGGAAGUGACCAAGGUGGCGCGCGAGGUGGGCACCGAGGGAGUGCUGGGUGGUCAGGCCAACAUCGAGGGCAUUCAGGGAAUUUGGCAAGAGUUGACGGUCAACGUGAACGCCAUGGCCAACAAUCUGACUACCCAAGUUCGUGACAUUACGACCGUGACCACCGCAGUAGCCAAGGGCGAUUUGACCCGCAAAGUGCAAGCAGAUUGCAAGGGUGAAAUCUUGCUACUCAAGAACAUCAUCAACUCGAUGGUGGACCAGCUGCGCGAAUUUGCGUUCGAAGUGAGUCGAGUGGCCCGUGAAGUCGGAUCGGACGGAACCCUUGGUGGUCAGGCCGUAGUCCACGGUGUCGAGGGUACUUGGAAGAAUCUGACCGACAAUGUGAAUCGCAUGGCUUCGAACCUGACCCAACAAGUCCGUGAAAUUGCCAAGGUGACGACUGCCGUGGCUCGAGGUGACCUUACUAUGAAGGUGACGGCCGAUGUCAAGGGUGAAAUCUUGGAUCUGAAACUUACUAUCAAUGCAAUGGUCGACCGGCUCAACCAGUUCGCCUUUGAAGUGAGCCGUGUGGCCCGAGAAGUCGGUACGGACGGUACACUUGGUGGACAAGCCCAAGUCGAGAACGUCGAGGGUCGUUGGCGCGAUCUCACGGACAACGUGAACACAAUGGCCCAGAAUCUCACACAACAAGUGCGACAAAUCUCGAACGUGACUCAAGCCAUCGCUAGAGGCGAUCUGAGUACAAAGAUCGAGGUCCACGCCCAGGGAGAAAUCUUGACUCUGAAAGAAACGAUUAACCGUAUGGUGGACGGUCUCAGUCAAUUUGCCCGAGAGGUCAAGAUCGUGGCGAGAGACGUGGGUGUGCGAGGUAAACUCGGUGGACAGGCGAAGCUAGAUGGAUCGUACGGUAUCUGGCGGUCGAUUAGUGAAGACGUCAAUAUCAUGGCCGACAACCUUACUUCGCAGGUGCGAGCCUUUGGCGAGAUCACAGAGGCUGCGAUGAGCGGUGAUUUCACCAAGUUGAUCACCGUAUCGGCAUCGGGUGAGAUGGAUGAUUUGAAACAGAAGAUCAACAAGAUGAUCUGGAGUUUGCGAGAUAGCAUCCAACGGAACACGGCUGCCCGCGAGGCUGCGGAAUUGGCGAAUCGCAGCAAGUCGGAAUUUCUUGCCAAUAUGAGUCACGAAAUUAGGACACCGAUGAAUGGAAUCAUCGGACUUUCGAGUUUAGCACUCGACACGGACGAUCUUGCUGCUCCUGUCCGCGAAACGCUCAAUAUGGUCCAUAACCUCGCCAUCAGUCUGUUAACGAUUAUCGACGACAUCCUGGAUAUCUCCAAGAUAGAGGCCAAUCAUAUGAUGAUCGAGAAAAUGCCAUUUAGCCUGGGUUCUACGGUAUUCGGCGUCUUGAAAGCUCUGGCAGUGGAAACGAACGAAAAGGCUCUGACCUUGUCCUAUACUGUUGAUGGCAAUGUGCCAGAUUUCCUGAUUGGCGACGCAUAUCGCUUGCGUCAGGUGAUGCUGAACCUAGUCGGCAACGCCAUCAAAUUUACCGAUCAUGGGGAGAUUCGAGUCACAAUCAGGCGUGCCGAGAACAGUGUCUGCAAUGAGGAUGAGACGAUGUUUGAAUUUUCAGUCACGGAUCCUGGAAUUGGUAUUGAGGAGAGCAAACUCGGUCUGAUCUUCGACAAGUUCCAGCAGGCAGACGGGUCGAUGACUCGUCGUUUUGGCGGCACAGGUCUCGGUUUGGCUAUUUCCAAGCGCCUUGUUUCUCUCAUGGGUGGUGAUAUCUGGGUUACGUCCCGUGUGGGCGAGGGAAGCAAGUUCUCCUUCACUUCUCGAGCCAAACUGGCAGAGGCCCCAGCUGGAUUCUCGGAGCAAUUAGCGCCAUACCGGGGCCGCCGAGUUCUCCUAGUUGACAAUGGCGACUCGGGAGGCUGGCCCGUUCCUUCCAUGCUACAGGACUUUGGUCUUGAGCCCGUGGUCGUCAAUGACAACGAACUCGUUCCUGGCCAAUCCCGAAAGGACCUAUGUGGCUCGUUCGAUGCUAUGCUGGCCCCGAGCUUAGAGACAGCAGCCAAGCUACGCGCCGACGCGAAUCUCUCCCACAAUCCACUAGUGAUCGUAGCACCUGUGGUAUCCCUCCUCCUCAAGACUGCCGGUGAACUCGGUGUAUCAUCCUACAUCACAACACCCUGUCGACCCAUCGACUUCUGGAGCGGUAUUCUCCCUGCCCUCGGCAACCGCAGAAACCGCAUUUCCGAAGGCAUCACCCGAUCUCUGGCAAUCCUGCUCGCUGAAGAUAACGAUGUUAACCAAAAAGUCGCCGUCCGCAUUCUCCAAAAAUGCAACCACAACGUCACAGUCGUCGAGAACGGCCUCCAAGCCGUCAAAGAGGCACAGCAGCACCGCUACGACGUGAUUCUGAUGGACGUGUCCAUGCCGGUCAUGGGCGGGUUCGAGGCAACGGUCAAGAUCAGACAACACGAGAAACUGAACAGUCUACCGCGCACCCCUAUCGUGGCACUGACCGCACAUGCCAUGCUCGGUGAUCGCGAUAAAUGCAUCCAAGCAGGCAUGGACGAGUAUCUCUCCAAACCACUGAACUCGAACAUGAUGAUGCAGACUAUCUUGAAGUGCGCAUCUAUGAAUUUGGUCUCUGCCGUGGAGACGUGAGACUGGGCCUGUACUCCUGGUCCCUAUUCGAUACCGGGCUUUGAUGUCACUGGCUCCCAGGAGGGCUGAUACUGAUCGUGGGUGGAAUACGACUUACCCAACAUACACCAACUAGAUACCUAACAUCCACCCCUUGGAUGAACUGAUAAUGCAGCAUACAUUUCUCAAUGAAACAUUCGAUCCAUCUAUCAAUUCAUGGGGCUAAUGGCUGCGAGAAACUGUCUGUUCUUUUUUGCAGUGCUAUUUGUAUUUUCACAGGAAUCAUGGGCCUCUAAAUACUCUGGACCAGGCAUGCUAGUCAGUCCAGGGUGAUCCGUGUGCCGAAUCAUAACAUCGUUCUUUUUGCCAUGUCCUAUCCUGGUAAUGUUUUUAUGAAGUGCAUGUAUCUAUUUUUGCAAUUGGCGCUGAGGCGUUGGGAUUUUUGGGAUACGGGACAUGGGGCUUUUUUCCAUAUCAUACAGGACACCAAUUAAGAUCACAUUUAUCUCAUGUGAAAUUU